UGGGGAGCCUUCAGACCCUCGAGCCAUUCAGCUGGAGAGCAGCGCGUUGUCAUCUAGGCUGGCAUGCGGCGGGACCGGCCCGCGGCGCCGGACUUUUGCUCCCAACGCGGGGCCCACGUCCCUGUGCCCACGUCGCUGUGCCCGGCUGCUAGCUGCAUGGAAACCGGAGGCGAUGGCGCCGAGGCUGGCAGAUAGGGGGCGCCGCGGGCCUCUGAGAGAGGAUUUUCCUGGGAUCUCUGCAGCAGCGGCCCCUUUUUUCUCUUUUCCUCCUGUGCAUUUUGUUGGCUCGUUUUAUCACCUGCACACCCUGCAGGUCUGACUGCCCCCGGCGCCGUUGCAGGGUCUCCUCGGGGCCUGUCGUUCUCCUCCUCCUCCUCCCCCUGCUUCGUGCUGCGGCCUUGACAUCGGGGCUUCAGAGGAGCAUGGCUCAGCGACUGCGCUUCCAUUUCGCCACCAGGAGGAGCAACACGGACCCUCUGUCUGAGACGUGUGGCCUGCGCGGGUCGGAGUUCGGCCCCCCUGACACCUGCUCCCAGCCUGGGGGGGCCAGUGCCCCGCUGGGCUCCCCCCCAGGCUGGCAGCGCUCCGCCCUGUUCAUCCCUAUGCUCGGCUGCGGCGGCAAGAAGAGCACGCUGCAGAUCUCGCUGCGGCAACACGGGCCGACCCGAGCGGCCCAGGGCCCAGCAAGCGGCACCGGCGCUGAGCAAGCAGACCAGGACCCAGCCAGUGAUGCCGGCUACUGCAGCAGCAGCAGCAUCUCGGAGGCGGAGCCGUGUGACAGGAGACCGGGCCGCGGCUCAACCCACCAGCCGCUGCGCCGCUGCACCUCCCUCGUCAUCUUCCCCUGCAGCCCAUGCACCACCCCUCCCACCUCCCCCCUCGGCUCUGGCCUCCAGGCCCGGUCGUGCUCCGAUAGACGCGGGGCCACCGAUCCAGACGGGGACCAUAGCUUCAAUCGGGCGGAUUGGUGCCCUGGCAUCACACUGCAUUUUGCUCCCAAUGGGAACGCCUGUCUGGAGCCCCCUCAGCGCACCCCCCAGGCUGACCCAGAGCCCCGUCUCCAACAUGUAACUCUGCUCCGCAGCACAUCUGUGUGCCUCCCCCCGCAGGGGCCUGCUGAGGAUCCCCAGGCCAGCCGCUGGGGCGGAGAAGCCGCUGGUCAGACGGGGGCCCAGCGCUGCCCCCCUGCCCUGCAGAGGAGUGUGUCGCUGGAGAUACCGCUCUCCCGCGCUUCGGGCCGUGUUACCAGGAGAAACCCACCUCUUGUCCACAUCCAUGUGUCCCCUCGACCAGAGGGCAGGGCCCCCAACCUCCUUAGGACAGAGCACACCAGCUACAAAAACAAUCGUGCAAAGAGUUGCACGGGAGCAAACUGCAGGGUAAGCCGCGUUUCCCCGCCCGCGAGUGCAUUGAUGGCUGCAACAGAACCUUCUUCCUUCCUGAAUGCUCAGCCUCGGAGAGCCAGACCUCCUAGAUGCUGUGCAGACAGAGCUGCUAAUCGCACUCGAGAUGACUUCCUUGGACAGGUGGACAUACCUUUACAUCAGGUCCCAACAGAAAAUCCUAAUGGUGAAAGGCUGUACCAGUAUAAGGAUUUUCUCCUUCACCCGAGGAGUCACAAAUCGCGGGUCAAGGGUUUUCUGCGCCUGAAGAUGACGUACCUGCCGCGCGGCUCGGCCGAGGACGACGAAACAGGGGACGCAGAGGAGCCUGAUCCUGGCUGGGAUUCGCUGGAGGGCCAGGACAUGGCUGGGCCUCAGCCCCUGCUGCCUGCGCUGCCCCCUGGCUGGGAGGAGCGGCAAGACAACCUCGGCAGGACGUACUAUGUCAACCACGAGAGCAGGACGACUCAGUGGCAGAGACCCACAGCCCAGGACGGGCACGAGGAGGAGGAGCGGCGGCAGACGGGCCACAUGGUGGCACAGCACGCCUUCGCGGCUCGCCGGCAGAUAUCCGAUCACGAGGAGGGCCACCAGCACAACUGGGGCGUCUCUGUGGAGGAGGAGGCCACGGUGUAUGGGAAACGCGGACAUCGCUCCUCCCUGCCGUCCCCGUCCCUGUUCGUGGAGCCCGGCCUGCCGGAACGCCGGCCCUCCCUGCCGUUUCUGCCCGCCCCUGUGGGGCUGCUCCCCGGCUGGGAGGAAAAGCAGGACAGCCAAGGGCGGCUUUACUAUGUCAAUCACACCAGCAGGACCAGCACCUGGAACCACCCUGUUACACAGGAGGCUAUUGGCUUCUCCGCGGUCACAGAUAUGGAUGCAGCCGGGACUCCCCAUGCCUCCCCGGGGUCGCUGUUCCCGCAGCUGUCUCCAGAGGGGGCGCCGCCGCGCUCGUCUGAGCCCGGGCCCCCGCUGAGUUUUAUGCCCUCAGGCUGGGAAAUCCGCACUACUCCGGAUGGACGGCCCUUCUUCAUCGACCACAACUCCAGGACCACCACCUGGGAAGAUCCCAGACUGAAAAUCCCGGCGCACAUGAGGCGGCGACCUAUGCUCGACCCCUCUGACCUUGGGCCGCUCCCAGCUGGGUGGGAAGAGAGGCUCCACAGUGACGGCAGGAUCUUCUACAUAGACCACAACACCAAGACCACGCAGUGGGAGGACCCUCGAUUGCAGGAUGCAGCCAUAACAGGACCGGCUGUGCCUUAUUCCAGAGACUACAAGCAGAAAUACGAGUACUUCUGCAGGAAGCUGAAGAAGCCGUCCGACAUCCCGAACCGCUUCGAGAUGAAGCUGCAGCGAGCCCGUCUGCUGGAGGACUCCUACAGACGCAUCAUGUCGGUGAAGCGGCCCGAAAGCCUGAAGGCCCGGCUCUGGAUCGACUUUGAGGGCGAGAAGGGCCUGGACUACGGCGGCGUGGCCCGAGAGUGGUUCUUCCUCAUCUCCAAGGAGAUGUUCAACCCCUACUAUGGGCUGUUCGAAUACUCGGCCACGGAUAAUUACACGCUGCAGAUCAACCCCAACUCGGGCCUGUGCAACGAGGAUCACCUCUCCUACUUCAUGUUCAUCGGAAGGGUGGCGGGCAUGGCUGUCUACCACGGCAAGCUGCUGGACGGCUUCUUUAUCCGGCCCUUCUACAAGAUGAUGCUGCAGAAGCCCAUCACCCUGCAGGACAUGGAGUCAGUGGACAGCGAGUACUUUAACUCCCUGAUGUGGAUUCUGGAGAACGACCCGGAAGACUUGGAUCUGCGCUUCACCAUCGAUGAGGAGUUCUUUGGACAGACUCAACAGCAUGAGCUGAAGCCUGGUGGAUCAGACAUCAUGGUCACCAACAGCAACAAGAAGGAAUACAUACACCUCGUCAUCCAGUGGAGGUUCGUGAACAGAGUGCUGAAGCAGAUGGACGCUUUCAAGGAGGGCUUUUAUGAGUUGAUUCCACAGGACCUCAUCAGGAUAUUCGACGAGAAUGAGCUGGAGCUACUAAUGUGCGGCCUUGGAGAUGUGGACGUCAACGACUGGAGGGAGAACACCAAGUACAAGAAUGGGUACUGCGCCAGCAGCCCUGUUAUCAUCUGGUUCUGGAAGACGGUGCUGCUGAUGGAUGCCGAGAAGCGUAUCCGCCUGCUGCAGUUUGUGACGGGCACCUCCCGUGUGCCCAUGAAUGGAUUUGCGGAGCUAUAUGGGUCUAACGGGCCGCAGCUCUUCACCAUUGAGCAGUGGGGGACACCCGACAAGCUGCCCAGAGCACACACCUGCUUUAACCGGCUGGACCUGCCGCCGUACGAGUCCUUCGAGGACCUGCGAGAGAAACUGCACAUCGUCAUCGAGAAUGCGCAGGGCUUCGAUGGCGUCGACUAGAACGGGGCUCCGGUGGAGCUCAGGCCAAUGGCCGUGCAGAUGCAUGCCUGCCAAUCAAAACCCACCAAGAAGGCCCGCCUCCUUAUUUUUGGUGUCUCAAACAAUCGGGUUGCUCCAUUUCCCUUCUGAGCCCACAGUCUGAGAGCUGCAUGUUCAUUCACGCAGAUGCCUUCUGUAAAUAUCACUGAAUGUGUUUUCAAAAAAAAAAAAAAAAAACACACGCACACUGCCUUAUCCAUUUUGACUAAGCUCUAUAUCUCCUGUUCCUGCUGUCCAUCUACUCAAGUGUACUCCUGUGUAUGUACGAUGGUGUUGUGUAAAUGUUUUUAUACAUAAGUUUCUUAACACAUGGCUCUUAAAAGUAAAGAACUCUUUGCUCUUUGAGACGAAAUGCACGUUUACACAUUACUGGUUCCCUCUAGUGAUAAAUUCACAACUUUUCCUUUGACAUUAAUCAAUUUUAAGAUUUUUAGCAUUUGUUUUUAAAGGAAAGAGUUCUUUUGUUACUGAAGUUGAUAAGUCUUAAAGUGCCUUUAUCUUCAACUGUCUGCAACUUCAUAUUCUGAUUUAAUUUUUAAUCAAGAUUAAGUAUUGUGUUUACAAACAUUUGAGUAUAAGGAUAGGAUUUCCCCCCCCCUUAUUUAUUGCAUAACAAUUGCCAUAUGUAUUAAUUGUACUAAAAUGUGAUAGUCAAAAUUGUAUUCUCUGUUACACUUGAAAGAACAUGAAAUGAAUUAGAAAUUAAAUAUUAAAAUGUGUAUUUUAUAUAUGCAUCAAUAUAUUUGAUACAUGCAAUUUUGACUGUUAAAGAGGGUAAGUUAUUUAGUAGAUCUUGUAUAAUUGUUUGUUUAAAAUCAUUAAAAUGCAUGCCAGAGGGAACAGUGCUAUAUUUGGGACAAUUUAAUAAACAACGACGAGCUGCUUACCUCC